AUGAUGGAUCGGACCGACGAUUCCUUCAUCUCGCCGACCAAGCCGACACGAUCGGUCCACGGUAUCGAUCUGCACCUACAGACUCACUCGAGCAUGACGCCUCCUCCCACCUUUGGCGCACCUGUCUUCCACAAAUCGCCUUUCGCCUCGUGGAUGGACCAGCUUCCCUCGGCACCGGCCACCGACUUGCGCCCGCAGCCGGUUUCAAUACCCCGCUCACAUGCUUUCUCCUCGCUGGCACCUCUCUCGAAACUCUCGCCAACACAGGAAAGUGCAGCCAUGGAGAUGAGCGCCCAAGAAGACGAACAGAUCGUUGCCUUUGGCAGCAUCAAGAGGACCGUACCCCUGCAGCACCUUCCAUCAUUUGCAAGCCCACCGGAGAAUGUCGCUGCUCCUCUCGCAAACACAGACCACGAUAUGUGGCAUCACCGCGGUAUCAGCAACGGCUCGGGAUCCGACGGAAGCUCUGCAUCCGUCUCUGCCGGCAUCGAGCUCAACUCCGUCGCUGGUCCCUCCUCGCAGCCCAUGCUACGCGCAGGCUCGCGCGAAGACCACGACCCCACCAACACCUGGCCUCGUCCACGCACUCUCUUUGGCUCCUCAGACUCACAUCGCAGACUCAACGACGUCGAGAUGGACAUCGACUCGGACCAAGACCAAGACGACGCCGACGCACAGGCACCCGCUUCGCCAUCCCCUCUCUGCGAGCAGCCUGAAUUCUUGGAUCCGGCUUCGGCAUUCAAUCUCGAUCUCGGAGAGCCCAUGCUUCAACCGGGUACGCGCCCAACACACCGGCUGUGUCGCAAUCCCUCUUCUUCGCGCAGCACCCAUACCCUCGCCAGUGUUUCAUCUCAAUCCUUGUCCGGCGCGACUCAGCGAGCUCGUCCACCACGGUCGCGUCUGCCUUCCUCUAACGGUUCAUCCAUGCACCAGCUCGCCACUCCCGACCGCCAACGCUCCACGACCAGCGGCAACAUGGACCUCGACGAAGAAGUGCAGACCACUUCCUACUCUGCUGUCCACGCCAUGUCCUCGACUCAACAGCGCGUUCCUAACCGCACACGAGCCUCCUCCUCGGCCGCGCUCCAGCGGCCCCUCACCGAAUUCCUCACUCCCCGCAGCGCCAGCGCCUCCGCUGGUCUUGCCGAUAAGCUGCCUGGCGUGGCCAACCUGUUCGAGUUCGCCACUCAACCACGUCCUAUCAUACGCUCCGCGGACCGUGAUGCCGAUUCAACCCCUCUGCGCGACCACAGGCGCAGGCCCGCGAAUCUCUCCAUGAGCUCAUUUCCGACCGCCAAGCUUUUUGGGGACGAGAUCGAGGCCGCCGCCAAGUCAUCCAGCCGUGCAGGCUCCGGCGUGUCCAAGCCAGAUUACGCGCCGCCGCAUGCUCUCGGCCUCACGUCAACCCCGGCACGGCGCAAGAGCGCAUCCGCACGUGGUCUAAGUAGCUCUUCGACGCCAGCUUACCUAGAGACGCCGCAGUUUGCCACUCCGCAUCGCCUUUUUGGCGAGCAUCCCUCCAACACGCCAGCCGACGACAGUGGUGUCGCAUUCGCCGAUGGAGACCAAAGUGUCAAGAGCAAUAGGAAGAGGUUCGGUCCGUUUUUGGCCUCAACCGCGAAGGACUCGCCGCUGUCAUCCUCGGCAAUCGGCAGCAAAGUGCUCGAGGAUUUACCCUCGCCCUCUCAAAAUGCCCUCCGCCGUCACGAGACUAGCUUCCAUCGCGAUUCACCCGCCCCGCGACCGUCGAGCCGAGCCAUCCUCCACCAGUUCGGUCCCAAAGAGCGAUCAUCCUUGAUGCACGAGACGCGAUUCUCCAAUUCGAGCGACAAUGGCUCCGUUGAGUCGUCGCCAGAUCCUAUCCCUCGCGUUCGGUCGAGGACCAGCAACUUCAGCGCCGCGAGCCCGGCACGACGAGCCCACGAACGCAGAAUCACCUCCGAGUCGAUUGAUCCCACCAGCCAGUACCUCACGCCGCAGAACUUCAGAAGCGUCAAGCCAUUGGCCGCAGCUUUCAUGUCGACGGGUCUCGUUUCCAAGCGAAAUCGCGCCCGAGAGAACUCGGAAGGUGCUGACGGUGCAUCUGAAGCUUUCCCACUCCCUCCCAAGGCUCCCAACUUCGGACAAGCGCUUGGUCUGCGUGAGGUUGUUGCGGCCGCGUCCGCGCAUGCCUCCGCCAACGCAGACCGUGUAAGCAAUGCUAUGCCCGAUACGCCCGUCAAGAAGGCCACCUCGACUCCCUUGGUUCCGUUCCCCAAGUUCAAUCCUGCGCUUCGAGGCCAAGCUGGUGUCAACGCGUCCACUCUCGGCCCGUCUCCGCUUGGUGCUCAGUCGCCCGCCAUGGAAUCCCACGUGGGCCACAUCAUCACAGGAUCUCCAUUCGUUCCCGAGGAGAUUAACAGCCCUACCUUGAAUCUGAUGCACCUUGGCGUCCCGAACGCUAGCACACCAGCAGCCAUGUCUGCUCGACAUACCUCGGCGUUUUCCGACCUCCCUCGCAGUCGCAGGUUUCCGAACCGAGAUCUGCCAACGCUGGUGACCGACGACGUCACCGAGGACGAAGGCAACCUUUCCGAUGUGGUGCAUAGCCCGAGCAUCCAAUCUGGUCGCAUUCGGGAUGUGCAGCGACUGCAGAGAGGCAAGCGUUCCAUCAACACGCCCACCUCGAGUGCUGCGCCUGCGCCUGCACGCAAGAUGCUAUCCGUCGAUGUCGGCAAGGCUGCUGGUGCACCCAAAGCUCUCCGCGUGCGAUCUUCUGGUCUUGGCAAGCGCACCAUGAGCCGCAACGCGAGCUUCAACCGUGAUACCAGGAACGGCACUGACUCGAGCAAAGAGGGUGGCCACGACGCGCCACCGCCUGCCACACCGGUCACCACGACCUUCCUACUGCCCGGCGAGGCCAAUGUCGAACCAAUGACACCGAGGCGAAACCUCAAGUGGUUCGAAGCAGCGAACAUUCUGACCACGCCUUCGCCCUCGCGACGCCAGACCGCGCACAAACUGCGCGCGCACCGGCUCGAGCUGAUGCAGAACCGUCGCAAGUCUCGACUCUCAGAGGAAACUUCGACGUGCCAAGACACGCCGCAGAAGUCCACGGCAGGAGCUAGCUUCGGCGGAACCAGCCACGAAUCGACAACGGAUGUGCGCUUCAGAAGCAACGGGCACGGACAUCUUGAGACGGCUUUCACCAUCGAGGUGACACUCGGACAAGGCGAAUUCAGCGAGGUCCUCAAGGCGGUUUCGAAAUCGACUGGUUACGCCUAUGCGGUCAAGCGGAUGAAGAAGGCGUACAUGGGCCCGAGGGACCGUCUGCGAAGGCUCGAGGAGGUGGAUAUUCUGCGCACAUUGUCCACUUCGGGCAAACCGCAUGCCAACAUCGUGUCGCUGUUUGACGCAUGGGAGGAGCAGGGUCAUCUGCAUCUUCAGCUCGAACUGUGUCCGCUCGGCACGCUCGCGUUCUUCCUAGACGAGUACGGGGACCAAGUAGGUGCGCUGGAUGAGCCGCGUGUCUGGAAGGUGCUAGCAGAACUCUCGAGUGGAGUCGCAUACAUCCACAAUCACGGGAUCCUUCACCUGGAUCUGAAACCAGCCAACGUGCUCAUCACGGAGCACGGCACGCUCAAGAUUGGCGACUUUGGCAUGGCGACGCGCUGGCCGCUGGUGGAUGCCGAGACGACGCUGAGGGGAGCCCGACUGGACGACGAGCCGCACGGGCACGCCUUGGACCAGGUGGCUGAGGCUUGGCCGAGUCAUCACGGACUGGAGAGGGAAGGCGAUCGCGUCUACCUGGCCCCGGAGGUCAUCUUUGAAGGCCAAUACGGCAAGGCGGCCGACGUGUUUAGCUUAGGACUCAUCAUGCUCGAGGUAGCUGCCAACGUAGAGCUUCCGGACAACGGCGAUUCGUGGCAGAGGCUGCGUCACGACGAUCUGUCGGAGGUGGAUCUCAGCGAGAUCAGCGGACCGAUGCUGCGCGUGCUCGAAAGGCUGUUGUGCUCAGACCCCGAGCAACGCGCUAGCAUAGAAGAAAUUGUCGAGCUACCAACGCUGGCAUGUGUACGGACGAUCAUGUCGCGUGGGCUGUUGGCUUCGGAGAUGGAUCAGCUUCCCGAGUUCACGGACGGCAUGUCGACGUCCGGAUCGUUGGCGGCGAUGGCGGACAGCUCGUCACUGCACUCGAUGCCGAGCGAGCUGUCGAGCCGCACGCUCGGGCUGAGCGACUCGGAGACGGGCUCGAGUGCGGCGGAGCUGUCGGAGGCCGACUCGUCGCUGGGGCUGUGCGGCAUGUCGUCGUGCAUGUCUGCUCAGACGUCGAUUUCGACGUCGAUGAGCUCGAUCUCCUCGCGCCAUGCAGUGAUUCGUGUGCGUGGCGCGUUGAUUCAGGAGCCCGAAGAGGAGUUCAUGCGCGAGGUGUUGGGUGCCGACCCGAUCGAGCAGCGAUUUGUGGGCAUCAAGGAUGUGGGAGCGACACGAUGGACGGGAGAGCGCCUGCCACUCGCUGCUGUGCAGCCGUUGCAAGAGAGCUCGACCAGGGUCACCACUCGCGAAGGAAAAGCACCUGAACCAACUUCUCACACUUUUGCCUACCAGCCGUCCUUGCCGACCAGCUUUGUGGCUGAGGUCUAUCAGUGCCAUGCUCCGUUCGGAGAAAUGCAGUGUGGUGGCCCACGAGAUCAAAGUUUCGGCAUCAGGUGGCCGUGCUUGAACCCUGAAUCUGUGCAUCACCGUUUGACUUUGUGCGAGGCGAGGUUUCUCCGCCUUUUACCUGCGGUUGCUGCGAGUCGCUCGUGUGCCUGCUUCUCGUGUGUUGAUCCGCAGAAGGACCCUAACUUAUUCCUCCCUGCGAUCCCGCCGCCUCUACGUUUUGUCCUCCCCUUCCUCGUGCCUUCCCUUCACCACAAGCCUUUGCUCCUUCAUCCUCACGACCAGACCUCCAUCCGACUCCUCUUUCUACCUAGCAUUGCUCCACAACGUCAGCUCUGGAUCAUCCAUAAAUCCGUCCACCUCCCGUCAAGCGAGUUCACUCCCACCCCGAUUCUGAUUUCUUCCGAAGCUUUCGAAUCGCCGCCCAAGAUGCCCCAUCUCGCCAUGUCGCUCCGAACCCGCAACGUUCCCGACCCGCUCACCCUCAACGGGCUCCCUAUCGGAUUCAUCCCCGAUGUCGGCUCCGACGGAGGCAACGUCCAGACCAUGGUCGGUAUCAACGGCCUCCUCGCCGGCCGAGGCCAGUCGUACGCCUACGGCUUCUACGACCAGACCAACUACGGAACCAUCUACAACGGCGCCAAGCUGCUCGCCAACGCCGCCGACAUCUACGCCUCGGGGGCCAUUCUGGAAGCGUCGAUCAUGCCCGUCGGGUCGUGGGGCGGGUACACGCAGACGGACACUUCGCAGGCGCAGGCGGUGUGCAAGGUCAUGAAGAAGUUCACCGACGCCGGUGUCGAGGUGAGGUUGAGGUUUGCCCACGAGGUUAACUACUACGUCACUACGGGCGAGUACGCUCCCGGAAACGAUAUGGGCGUUUCGGCGUUCAAGACGGCGUGGGCGCAGGUGAGCGCGGCUUGCAAGAGCAUCGCUCCCGCCGUCAAGAUGUGGUACUGUCCCAACGCUGCCAACUUGACAGUCUACGAACAGUAUCUCCCCGACAACUUCAACUCAACCGUUCAGAUGAUCGGUGUCGAUUACUACCCGCCUUCCAACAACCUCGCUACCGCAUCAAACUACAUCCAGACCGUCAAACCCUUCCACGACAAGUACUCUUCCAGCAGCGUCCCCUUCGUCAUCGCCGAAGCGGGCACCCACGCACAGGGAGCCAGCAUCGAAGACCGAAUCGCCUGGCUCCAAGUCCUCACUUCUGACCAAGUCAAAUCCUCCCUCCCCAACCUCGAAAGCGUCACGUGGUACAACGCUCUCCGCAAAACCGACAUCCUCUCCAACGGCGUCGGCGGCGACUUCCGCAUCCUCGACCCUAACAACGCAACCUUCCCCAACCAGGACGCCCUCAACCUCUUCCCUGUCGUACAGAACGCUCAGGCUAGCAUGUCGGCCGUCUCCGUGGCCACUGCUGCGAGCGCUACAGCUACCAACGCCGCCUCUUCCAGCUUGCCUUCGAGUCUGAGAGGUAGCGGUAGCGGAGGAAGCUCCGGCGCGGGCGAGAGCGGUCGCAAGGUCUCGUUCGCUGGGUUGGCGGUCACUGCCCUCGCUGCCAUCUCGGCCUUGGCCUACGUAUAG